AUGUCUAGCUCCCCUAUAUCUCGCACGGCGGACAGAUUUGCGUAUCGCAAGACAGCGCAGCUUCGCCUUCCACAGCCAUCUUGCAAAGUUCAAACCGAAGCUGAAGCUGACUGUAUGCGCUCUCCAGGGUCGAUAUCCUUAGGAAUUGCAGUAGAAAUUCUUGAAAACGAAAACGGCGGCUCUCCUGUCUCUAGCUAUCAACGCUCAUCUCCGCUCCGAAGCUCUUCUCCCUUUCGCGACUGCUCCAGUCCUAUUGCAUUACCUCACGACGACGCUGAGGACGAUGACGAUGACACAUUACUUGACUGUAUAAAUGCUGCUGUGCCCCCUCUGUCUAGCAGUCCUCCGGAAUUCUCGAGCUCUUCUCCUCAGUCAGCUCACUCAUCAGAGUCGAACAACGGUUCUUUCUGUUCUUCAACGUCGACCUCGGACUCUUUACCCUCGACUUGGGACGAGUUCAUAGCACCUGCGCCCCUCGAUGAAGCCCCUGGCGACAAUAAGCAGGAUGGAUUUGGUCGACACCUGCACGAUCUUCUCCUGGUAGCUCUGAAGGAACGGGAACUUGCAGGCUCGCAUAUCGGUCAAGCAACACCGCAUCACUCUGGCGGCCAGGUUUCUGCAGGCUCGCCACCAACACGGUCCAAGUGGUUUGCAGACCCAAUUUUAGACAUCCCUGCUCAGGAGACGGCCGAAAAGGCCGUUCAGGAGCUCUCACCGAUACGCUUCGAAGAGCCAGAGAAGGUGUAUGAGAGCCCCGUUGGCAAGUGCAUUACUGAUCACUAUAGACCUAUAUACCGUGUCAUAAAGAACGCAGGGUCAUUCAUACCCUCAAGCAUUGCGCACGACGCUGAACCUCUAACCAAACGACAGAAAACCCGGAACGAUGCUGGCGCGCAUGCGAGGGACCGCAUAUAUGCGCAACGCUCUGCAAGUCUCAGAAGAGCCGAGUCGCUGAAAAGUGUUUACGACGAUGGACGACAAAUGACGAGCGCGGAGGAGGUUCCGACGGUGCCUGCAACACCCGUCGUUGAGAAAACCGCACAGUCUCCAGAGCGACAUGCUUCAUCUACUCACAAUGCCUUGCUCCCCCCCGUUCCCAUUAUCGCGCCUCCUGAAGGCCAUGUCGCCAGUCUGCCUCUUAGCCCCGAGACGCUGGCAAAAGUCCGUCUCAGGAAAUUCCUGGAGAAAGAAGAGGCGCAACGACGACGAGAGGACUUGCCAUGUGGUGAAUCGGCCCAUCCUCCUGAGUGGAUGCUGGAGGACUUGAUAGAUCUAGAACUCUGUGAAGACGAAGCGGACGGUAGGGAUGAGAUUUCCCUCGAAUGGGAACGUGUAUUGGGUGUUGGGCAAGGGAUGAGAGAGGAGGUCAUCGCUUGGAUUAUCGAGGUGCUCCCUAUACCGCUUUCUAGGGAUGCGAUCGAGGACAAACCAUCUCCGCCGAAAUGCACAACUCCGAACGAGACGAGUUCGCCAGCCACCUCGACCUCGACUACGGCCACCACAACCACGAAAACAACAGCUGCCGUCGAUACGAAAUUCGCCCAUCUGGGAUUUAAUCUUUUCGACCAAUUGAAGAACUCGCCGCAGACGCGUUUCCACGCCGCCUGGAUGUUCCUGCGAUAUUUUUAUUUGACCAUGUCGCCUGAAGUCGAACCGAAAGAAAGCAAGUCGAAGGACAGUCUUUCCAGACAGUCGAGUCUGGAUUCGAUUACUACCACUUCGACGGAGCGCGAGGGGCGGGAUCUUGUUGUCUGGGAUAUUGCGGUUGGCUGUUUAUCGCUCAGUGUCAAGGUUUUCCGUUCCUUCCAUCGCGAUUUUUUGAACCCUCUUAUUCCGGUAUAUGCGCACGAAUAUCUCUCGUUGUCGCCUCACAACAUGUCCCACGAGGACCUAGAGACAACCCACCGGGACAUAUUGUCCGCUCUCGACUAUACGCUGGGAGUCACGCCUCAGCUUCUCAUGGAUGAGCUGUGGUUCUCCCUUCCCUCCCUCCAGGCGCUGUUAGACUUUGAUGGCGGGUGGCCGUCGGCGAUGGCAGACGCAUGGCGCUUCCUCUUCGACGCUCUCAAGGAACCUGAUAUUUUAAAGUAUCCCAUCUCCUUGCUGACGGUUCUCGCGGUAAUGAACGGCAUUACUGAGGGUCUCGUUCGGAAAUACCGGUUCGAGGACAUGACGGAAGGCCAAGAAGAGGGCGAAGAGGGCUCUCCAGCAAAUGCGGCCUCUCCGGAGCAGGUGCGCCGUCCAGACUCGCCGACAUCCUGGAUCGAGAGAGCCAAAGAAGAGGCGGAAGGCGUCCUGUGCGACAUCCAGGCGCUGGUCGGGAUCACAGACGUUAGAGAUCUCGCUCAGCUUCGAGAAUGCCGUGCCUGGGGCAACACCCGCAUAAAGCGUUGA